UCCUGCGGGUGACCGGGAGCCGACGAGAGGGCUUCACGCAAAUAGCGAUAACGAUACAAAGUAAAAGUAACGCCUUUUAAUGGAGCUACUGCCACAGGCAGAAAGGAGCUGCCGCGGGCGUGGGUGUGUGUGAUGGAGUUGAGAGAGUAUCUCUGAGGGGCGGAGACAGCUGAAAUAAGACUUUGCUUUAGUAUUGCCUCGGUUUCAGGCUUCUAGAAGGAAAUCACUACUUGCUCUGGCUUUGUGGUGGAACCUUAGUUCUUCCUUCAGUUUAACUUGGUGGUUAUUUUCUUUCGUAUUUCGGUGAGGUGUGGGGGUGGGGGGAGAAUCCACGCCGCUGGAAGAAGUUCCCAAGCCUGGCUUCCUUUCAGUUUCCCCUCACUGGCUGUGAGAUUUAACUGCUUGUGCUUUAUAACGCAGUGUAGCUGAAGGCCAGAGGCCGAAGCCAGUGGCACCGUGGCCUCCCUCCUCGCCAAGGGCGCGCACGCUUUGGGGCGCCAGAGUGUCAGAGGCGGUGGGAGACUCAGCCAGUCCUAAGUCGCCACACGUCUCUCACGGUGUAAAGGUACAGCUUACAGGGGUGGGGUGAGGACCCCGAGAAGCUGGUGUCCUGGGCUCCCUGCCCCGCCCCGGGAUUUUUCUCCCAGACGCUGGGCCCGCCGUUGCCACCGCCGAGACUUAACAGUUUUAUGACUUUUUCGGACUUAAAUGGAAAUUUCUUGACCAAGGGAACCCAGUUCGCUCUCCCACGCUUCGCGCCGCUGUCAGGCGGAGACCCGGGGCGACUCAUUAACUGCCCGCCGAGGAGCCACUUUGUAGUUUUUAUGCUCUCUCCACCCUCCAUCCCCCGGGCGAGGAAGGAUGUCCAGUUACUCGAGGGCUGGCUACCUGAUGCUGGGAUGGAAAGUCACAGCCCGAAAGCUGGAGUGAGCCGAGGGGAGAUGCCCGCUUCCCGCCUCUCCGGCUUGGGAGUCGUGUCCUGCGGGUCGGCACAGUGAACUGGCAGGGACUCUCCAGCUGUGCGGGGAUCCGAGCGCCACUGCCGGCAGCGUCGCCCCACGCGCCGCGGGAGCGGCUGGUACCUGCAGGGCAGGGCAGGGCCGUUCCCGCUCACACCCCUUGCGCAAGGAUUGCAGGACCUGGCGCGGCAUCGUAGCGGCCGGAGUGAGCAGAGAACUGCGUCUCCAGUUUCUCCUCAGGGCACGAGGCCGACUUACCUUACGGACAGCUCCCAAGCCCCCGAGAGAACGAAACCAAAGUCGCUCCUAGGAGAGGGGCUUCCAAGCCUCUCAGGGGGAGGGGGCGGACGCAGUCUGGGCGUGGGGAAUCGAGUGAGAGAAGAAAGGGGGAGCCUGGAGCUGGGUGUGCGCGCGUGGGAGCGCGCCUCGGAGCGCCCCGCACUCCGCUGGUCCAGCCCUGGGGGCACUGGGGAAGGAGGGAGUGAUAGCUGCGGGAGUAAGAGGGAACGAGAGAAACCCUCUCAAAGUGACGCCCCAAACAGGUUCUGAUUUCGAAUUUGGAGCUAAAGACUGCUAGAAAUUGGGCCUCCUUCGCACACCCCUCUCCGCCCCCACCCCGAAGCCCCGGCAGUGUGCUGGCUGCUUGCUUCCCCGCCCCUAUCUCGGAGGUCGCGGGCCGGCGGGCUCUCCGUCGGCCGCGGCUUCCUCCUCGAAACCCGUCCGCGCGCAUGAGGCCGCUGCCCCCGCCACAGGCACUGGCGCCCCCCUCGCGGUGCCCGUGGUGAUGCCAUGCCCCGCCACCACGCGGGAGGAGAGGAGGGCGGCGCCGCCGGGCUCUGGGUGAAGAGCGGCGCGGCGGCGGCGGCGGCGGCGGGCGGGGGGCGCCUGGGCAGCGGCAUGAAGGAUGUGGAGUCGGGCCGGGGCAGGGUGCUGCUGAACUCAGCCGCCGCCAGGGGCGACGGCCUGCUGCUGCUGGGCACCCGCGCGGCCGCGCUUGGCGGCGGCGGCGGCAGCGGCGGCGGCCUGAAGGAGAGCCGCCGGGGCAAGCAGGGGGCCCGGAUGAGCCUACUGGGGAAGCCGCUCUCCUACACCAGUAGCCAGAGCUGCCGGCGCAACGUCAAGUACCGGCGGGUGCAGAACUAUCUCUACAACGUGCUGGAGAGACCCCGCGGCUGGGCGUUCAUCUACCACGCGUUCGUGUCUGAGUCUCUGCUGGGAGUUGCAAAGAAUUUUCUCCUUGUCUUUGGUUGCUUGAUUUUGUCAGUGUUUUCCACCAUUCCUGAGCACACAAAACUGGCCUCGAGUUGCCUCUUGAUUCUGGAGUUCGUGAUGAUUGUCGUCUUUGGUUUGGAGUUCAUCAUUCGAAUCUGGUCUGCGGGUUGCUGUUGUCGUUAUAGAGGAUGGCAAGGAAGACUGAGAUUUGCCCGAAAACCUUUCUGUGUUAUAGAUACCAUUGUUCUUAUCGCUUCAAUAGCAGUUGUUUCUGCAAAAACUCAGGGUAAUAUUUUUGCCACGUCCGCACUCAGAAGUCUCCGUUUCCUACAGAUCCUCCGCAUGGUGCGCAUGGACCGAAGGGGAGGCACUUGGAAAUUACUAGGUUCAGUGGUUUAUGCUCACAGCAAGGAAUUAAUCACAGCUUGGUACAUAGGAUUUUUGGUUCUUAUAUUUUCAUCUUUCCUUGUCUAUCUUGUGGAAAAGGAUGCCAAUAAAGAGUUUUCUACAUAUGCAGAUGCUCUCUGGUGGGGCACAAUUACAUUGACAACGAUUGGUUAUGGAGACAAAACUCCCCUGACUUGGCUGGGAAGAUUGCUUUCUGCAGGCUUUGCACUCCUUGGCAUUUCUUUCUUUGCACUUCCUGCCGGCAUUCUUGGCUCAGGUUUUGCAUUAAAAGUACAAGAACAGCACCGCCAGAAACACUUCGAGAAAAGAAGGAACCCAGCUGCCAACCUCAUUCAGUGCGUUUGGCGUAGUUACGCAGCUGAUGAGAAGUCUGUUUCCAUUGCCACCUGGAAGCCACACUUGAAGGCCUUGCACACCUGCAGCCCUACCAAGAAAGAACAAGGGGAAGCCUCAAGCAGUAAGUUCUGUAGUAAUAAGCAGAAGCUCUUCAGAAUGUACACCUCACGGAAGCAGAGUCAGAAGCUAAGUUUUAAGGAGCGAGUACGCAUGGCUAGCCCAAGGGGCCAGAGUAUUAAGAGCAGACAAGCGUCCGUAGGUGACAGGAGGUCCCCGAGCACCGACAUCACCGCCGAGGGCAGCCCCACCAAAGUGCAGAAGAGCUGGAGCUUCAACGACCGAACCCGCUUCCGGCCCUCGCUGCGCCUCAAAAGUUCUCAGCCCAAACCGGUGAUAGACGCCGACACGGCGCUUGGCACUGACGAUGUGUACGACGAGAAGGGAUGCCAGUGUGACGUAUCCGUCGAGGACCUCACCCCACCGCUUAAAACUGUCAUUCGAGCUAUCAGGAUUAUGAAAUUUCAUGUUGCAAAACGGAAGUUUAAGGAAACAUUACGCCCCUAUGAUGUAAAAGAUGUCAUUGAACAAUAUUCUGCUGGUCAUCUAGACAUGUUAUGUAGAAUUAAAAGUCUCCAAACACGUGUUGACCAAAUUCUCGGAAAAGGGCAAAUCACAUCAGAUAAGAAGAGCCGGGAGAAAAUAACAGCAGAACACGAGACCCCCGAUGACCUCAGUAUGCUCGGCCGGGUGGUCAAGGUGGAGAAGCAGGUACAGUCCAUCGAGUCCAAGCUGGACUGCCUGCUCGAUAUAUAUCAACAGGUCCUCCGGAAAGGCUCUGCCUCCGCCCUCACUUUGGCCUCAUUCCAGAUCCCACCUUUUGAAUGUGAACAGACAUCUGACUAUCAGAGCCCCGUGGAUAGCAAAGACCUGUCCAGUUCGGCGCAGAACAGCGGCUGCUUAUCCAGAUCAGCGAGCGCCAACAUCUCUCGAGGCCUGCAGUUCAUCCUGACGCCAAAUGAGUUCAGCGCUCAGACUUUCUACGCGCUUAGCCCUACUAUGCACAGCCAAGCAACACAGGUGCCAAUGAGUCAAAGUGACGGCUGCGCAGCGGCGGCCGCCAGCAACCUUGCAAACCAAAUAAGCGUGGCCCCUAAGCCAGCAGCCCCAACAACUUUACAGAUCCCGCCUCCUCUCCCAGCCAUCAAGCAUCUGCCCAGGCCGGAGACCCUGCACCCGAACCCCGCAGGCUUACAGGAAAGCAUUUCCGAUGUCACCACCUGCCUUGUUGCCUCCAAGGAAAAUGUUCAGGUUGCACAGUCAAAUCUGACCAAGGACCGUUCUCUAAGGAAAAGCUUUGACAUGGGGGGAGAGACUCUGUUAUCUGUCCGCCCCGCGGUGCCCAAGGACUUGGGCAAAUCUCUGUCGGUGCAAAACCUGAUCAGGUCGACAGAGGAACUGAAUAUACAGCUUUCUGGGAGUGAUUCAAGUGGCUCCAGAGGCAGCCAAGAUUUUUACCCCAAAUGGAGGGAAUCCAAAUUGUUUAUAACUGAUGAAGAGGUGGGUCCCGAAGAGACUGAGACAGACACGUUCGAUGCCAUGCCACAGCCUGCCAGGGAAACUGCUUUCGCGUCGGACUCUCUAAGGACUGGAAGAUCGCGAUCAUCUCAGAGCAUUUGUAAGGCAGGAGAAAGCACGGAAGCCCUCAGCUUGCCUCAUGUCAAACUGAAAUAAGUUCUCCGUUUUCCUUCUAGCAAAGCAGUUCCUUUAGCCAUACAUAUCGUUGCAUGAACUAUUUUGAAAGCCCUUCUAAAAAGUUGAAAUUGCAAGAAUCAGGAAGAACAUGAAAGGCAGUUUAUAAGCCCGUUAUCUUUUAAUUGCAUGAAAAUGCAUGUUUAGGGAUGGCUGAAAUUCCAAGGUACAUCAACAUUAACCCACUCAUUUAGUAACGUACCUUGCGUUUAAAAUCCUGAGAAACCAAACACUGCUAACGCUAUGGGGUGUGUGAAAAUGUCAAGAUUAGGUCACUUAGAAGAUUUGACUCUUGUGUUUGAAAUUACGGGAGUAAACAACUUCAAAUUUCAGGCAUUUCUGCUUUGUGAUUAAAUACAAAAUACGUUUUCAAAAUUAGGCCAUAAUGUAUAUGUAAACACAAUGGCUACCAUCAACCGCUGCUAACAAGGUAUCGAGUAAAGCAGAACUUGGGAAUCAUAGAAAUGGCUGCCUCUUUCAAGAUAUCUGCCAACCCAUUCCUAUUCAGUCAUUUUAUUAUUGAUGUAAUUUGAAUGUCAAUCUGUGUGCUUUUGGUGAUUCAAUGCUGUGGCAAGCAAUUUUGCACAUCAUUUCCAUGUUGUCCUUUAUGACGAGAAUGUUCUUCAAUUAGAACGCGUGCAAAUAAUGAAAUUCAGGGCCAGUGGGGCAAACAGACUAUCUGACACAUGUGACUUCACGGGAACAUAGUCCACAAUGGCUGAAUCAACUUUAUAUGCGGUCGACUUCUACACACGCGAGUACAAUACUGAUGAGUAGAAGGACCAGGGUUCUGGGGCUGAUCUCUCUGCAAUGGCGUCCCCCCACCCCCCAACCCCGGCUUGCCAGGACUGCCACAGGGAAGGGGGAAGUGUGAGAAACCAUUCCCACUAAACUGGUAAUACAGGCAGGAUCCCCGGGAAUUAGACAUUUGGGUGAGACUGAGAGGAGCACGGCUUAAAAAGAAUCCAGACACAACACCAGGAAGUAGGUGAAGUUAACGAAAAUAGCUUUGCCCUCAGAGGGCAAUGCGAGGGAGGAAAAUCAAACCAAAAUAGAAGAACUUGAUCUUUUUAGAAAAUGAAUAUUGCUAGGGAAUUCAACUACCUAAACAUCCCUUAUUCUUAUAUAUAAACGGAGAAUUUUGCAACGUGUUUAUUUUUACUAUGCCCUGAAUGUUUUUUGCUAUUAACCUAGUACGUUUUGCAUAUGGAAGGCUGUCACUAAACUUCCUUUACUUUUUUAUACUGUAGCGAACGUUUUCUAUGCUCCCCCAAGAAUGUUGCCCCAAACCUCAAAUUAGGGGUUCUGUUUCCUGGUGUGCACAUUCACAGUUAGAAGCCAGGUACCCCCCAAUAGGGUCUGCAGAUCAGAAACACUUACAUCGUAUAGCACAGCCGCAAGGACCCAAGGGAAGCAAAACCAGAGAGGCACUCACCAGAAAGCAAGCCCCGCCCACUGCUUGUUGGAAACCUGUCUAGUGUUCUCAGAACUUCAGCCAAGGUCAUGGCAUUCAAAAGGCAAGGGGGAGCCAGAGAGCCCUUCAGUUCAGUUCCAGUCCAGUCACAGAAGGACUUAGGGAAGGAAGAGGUUUUUUUCCUUGGGACAUAGUGCUCUUCCAAAAAAACCCUUCAGCGGCCAGGAAGACAAAGCAGGGAUAGCAACUGGCUGUCCAAAGGCAGAAGGAGGCCCUGAAAUCCACCCAUCCUCCCCAACUGUCUCCCCCAACUGGUGGUCUCCAAUCCCCAACCCUCCUCCUACCUUUCUUCUCCAUUAACUUCUCAGUUCCCUGCCACUGUUCUGCUCCUGAACUUCGCCAGGCUUUACCCAGCUUCCAUCCCCAAGUAAACCACUUCUCCGCUCUUCCUCAGAUAGGCUUCUCAACCUUUAAAAAUCCUUGUCCCUUUUGAUAAACACUGAAAUUUUAAACGCCUCCUCUUCUCAACCCACCUGGAUUCUAGCACACUUCCCUGGAGUGUAUCAUUCAGCGUCUUCUUGGCUGCUGGAGACACACAGAAGUUAGGGUCUAAAUUUUACACUCCAGUCAAAAAAAAAAAAUGUUAUCAAGCUUUUAAAGCAAUGACUUUCGUUUUGAAGCACAGAAUUUUAGUAAAUUAUGAAAUGCAAUUUUUCACCUACUCUGUUUCCACUCAACCUGAACUUGUGAUACACCCUCCCAAGGAGGUUGUAACACCACACACACAUGCACACGCGCACACACACACAAACACACACAUCAUUCCACUGGCUUAAAGCCAGACACCUGCCACGCACUUGGCAGGCUCUCUCCAAUUAUCAGUUGAGGAAGAGGAGGGAGGCAGCAACUUUCAGGUAGCACUGAUUCCUGGAUAUUCCCUGUCCUGGAUCGAACCCCACUGGCAGCAGGAAUUCUGAAUGUAUUGGGGACCCCUCCUUAGGCCUCCGACACAGUAUAGUUCAUCCAGCAUUGCUGAAGACUGAAGAUUCAGAAACAAACCCCAAAUGCAUCACUGAGGUCUUAAUCAUAGCAAAAUGUGAUAAACCAUGAUGUGAAAAACUUUUAUACAUUGAAGCCAUGACUAUUUUGUGUCUAUCUCUUACUCUAGCACAAAAACUCUUGGAUGUUCAGAGAUAGUUGUACUGUAUGAAAACUGCAGGGUUUUGUCUGUUGUGUUACUCUCUACAGGGUUGAGAGGGGUCUCCCAUUUACACUUAGUGAAGUCCCAUUGGUCAAGGCCAAAUGGUGUCUUGAAGCACAAUUUAGCUGAGCACUGAGCAGCCACGUGCUUUCUCAGUUCAAGUUUGUCUGCCUUCAAUAUGUAGGGCUGAUCAAGCGAAUGCUUACUAGCAAACAUCCCCUUAUAUGAGGUUGACUAAAAAUAUUGCUGUGUCUGGUCUAAAUGUUUGCAUUUUGUUCAAUUAAAUUAAUUAUCUGUGGGUUGCCAGUUUUGUUUUAAGUAAGAGACACUUUAUUGAGUUUUUAAGUCUUUAUCUCCUGUUCAAAGGUGCCUUUCUCACCUCCCAUUGACUCAGUGAUUCUGAAAGUUCACAAUUUGCAGGUGGAACAAGUCUAAUAGAGAGGAGGAAAUCAGGCACAGCGACUAAUUCUCAUGCCCAUUGGCAAAGCAAAACCACAAGAAAGGAUGAAACCUGAGCAACUAAAAUUAAUGGAUCACUUCAUCCAACCCGACUGAGAAAAUGUCAGAAACGUUAACUUAUCUCCCCAGAAGCUGAUAUUUUUUGCCUUAAAUGACAUGGUUGUGUUUUUGCAAGAGAAACUUAAUAUAAUUACGUGCAUUUUAAGUGAGCAGUUCUAAAAGUCAAGUAUGACAAUACAGUUGUCUGUUCCUGAGAACAAAUCAAUCAGGAAUUUCAUACCCAUCUCAAGCUAUCAUUGAAAUGUAAUCUCCUUUGCUCUCUUUUACUGGGCUCAUUUGUUUUAAAGUAAAACAUUAAAAAGAUGUCUACAAA